AUGAAGAUUGUCUUGGAGCUUCACCCACAGCCUUGCUGGGAAGGCGGCUGCAUCAUCGGCUUGGCACGAGCUUGUGAGCUCGCUCCAAAAGAAUCCUGCCAACAACCACGCGCUGUCAACAUCACAACCACAACAACUCUCUGUCGCUCAACGCAGCCCGUCAUGCUGCGCGCUUCACUUCGGUCGUCGAGGGCCUUUGGUUACAAGUCCAAUGUAGCCAGCGCCGGACGUCAAUGGCAGGCGAUACAGUCAACUCGGGUGUCUUCGGGAAGUGUUAGAGGAUAUGCGGACGUGAAUAAGUCUAGCAUCGCAGAUUCCAAGCCCAAAGUCCUUCCUGGAUCUCGCAGCGACAGCACUUCCGAACCACUUCCCCCUGCGGCUGUUCCAUCAACACUAUACACACCACCUUCUGCGAAGACGGAUACACCAGUUGGAUCUACCAUUAUUCCUCCAAAUGCGCCUGUAAGCAAGAUAACGCCGGCAGCUACUACUCCUCCCCCGCCUCCUCCACCACCCAAACCGAAACGCAAAUUCUUCCGGAAGUUCUUCACAACUAUCUUCCUUCUCUCGUCCCUUGGAUUUGCUGGUGGUGUAUACUAUAGCAGAGUAAAUGACAAUUUCCACGACUUCUUCACCGAGUUCGUGCCAUUUGGAGAAGAGGCAGUUCUGUAUUUUGAGGAGAGGGAGUUCCGCAAGCGAUUCCCAAAGAUCGCAGGCCGUGCUGGAUCCCCUCCUAGGGAUACUGGAGAGUCAAUCAAAAUCCCAAGUCAAAGCGGGGUUUCCUGGAGGGUUGCUGAAGAUUCAAAGGCCCCUGCUGGGAGACAUGCCAAUGCUACGAAGCCUGAUGUACCAAAGCCGAAGGAAGCUUUGAAGACUCCUCAAGAGGCAAAGUCGGCGGAGAAGGUCAAGGCUGUCGAGGCUGUAAAGAAGGAAGCUGAUCCACCAGCUCCCAAAGCUGUUUUGCCAACAAAGGUGCCAGAGCCACAAGCUGCAACCAAGCCUGAACAACCGAUUAUUGCAGAACCAACUAAAUCAGCAAAUGGAGUUCCAUUCACUCCCCCUGAAGUCGAUCAACCAUCGAAGUUCCCUCCUGAGAUCACUCGAAUUGAUCCAAUCAAUGUGCAGGAUGCAAAGGAACCUCUCGUCCAGGACCUAGUUAAGAUCAUCAACGAUAUUAUCACGGUUGUGAAUGCCGAUAGCGCCGAUUCAAAAUUCUCGGGGGCUAUUGGAAAAGCCAAGCAGGAAAUCAAUAAAGUUGGAUCAAAGAUUAAAGCAUUGAAGGAUGCUGCUGAGAAGGAGGCCGAGGCUAAGAUCAAGUCUGAAAAGGAAGACUUUGAUCGAGCUGCAAAGGAGCUCAUCCGAAGAGUCGAAGCUGAGAUGCAGGCUCAACAAUCACAGUGGCAAGAAGAAUACCAGACUGAGCGGGAGAAAAUCCAGCAAAACUACGAGCAAAAGCUGAAGGCCGAGGUGGAAUCCGCAAAUGAGGUCAAUGAGCAGCGUCUCCGCAAUGGCCUGCUCGAGCAAGCUGUGGAGAUGAAGCGCAAAUUCAUGGAGGAGCUCGAACAGAGAGUCGAGGAGGAACGCAACGGCCGCCUUGGCAAGCUUUCCGAUCUCACUAACACUGUUAACGAACUUGAGAAGCUGACCACCGACUGGAACUCUGUCGUGGAUGCAAACUUGAAAACCCAGCACCUCCAUGUCGCAGUUGAGGCCGUCCGUGCCAAUCUUGAGAAGAGCCAAAUUCCCCGACCUUUCAUCAAAGAACUCGCUGCUUUGAAGGAAAUUGCUUCAGAUGAUGCUGUAGUCAACGCCGCCAUUGCAUCCAUCAACCCCACCGCCUACCAAAAGGGCAUCCCAUCCUCUGCACAGCUCAUCGACCGUUUCCGCCGUGUAGCUGGUGAGGUUCGCAAGGCUGCUCUUCUCCCUGAAGACGCCGGUGUUGCCAGUCACGCCUCUAGCUACGUCCUGAGCAAGCUUCUGUUCAAGAAGAAGGGUCUUGCUACUGGUGACGAUGUGGAGAGCAUCUUGACCCGAACAGAGACUUUCCUUGAGGAGGGUGAUCUGGAUGCUGCUGCUAGAGAGAUGAAUGGUCUGCAGGGGUGGGCGAAGACUUUGAGUAGAGAUUGGUUGGGUGAGGUUAGGAAGGUGUUGGAGGUGCAGCAGGCUUUGGAUGUGAUUGCCACCGAAGCCCGUCUGCAAAGUUUGAGAGUCGAAUAG